UGAAAGUGUGUGUUUCCGGGCGAUGUUUCGAGGACCGGUGGGGUUAAAGGGGGCCAUCUGCGAUGAGAACGUGGACUCCGGAGCUGAGACUGCCGAAUCUGACUGCAGCAGGAUGUCAUCGUCUGGCAUUGAGCUCAUGACCAGGCGGGUCAGGCCGCAGCGGCAGCAGCAGCAGCAGCAGCAGCAGCUCUUACUAAUGAACUUGCAUCUGCUGGCCAAUCCUGGAGAUUCCCUGCUGCUGCAGCACACCCUGGAUCGCCUGCUGCGCUGGCUCUGCCCAAGCCUCCACAUCUUCCAUGUAUCAGAGAGGGCGUCCCCUUUCAGAAGUUACAUCCGCCUCUGUCCUGUGGCAGGCUACCCUUCUCUGGCCAUCACUUUCUUCCUCCAUGAGGCCUAUGGAGAGGAACGAAUCCUCAAAGUGCUGGACUUCUUUCAAAGGCCUCCCUGGCAGUACCAUCACACGGAGAGCUGCGGCAACCAAGGGAUCCAUAUAACCUCCAGCAGCUCCCCGGCCAACGCCCUGCUGCGGCCCUACCUCCUGCCCAGUAGAGACUUCUAUAGUUUGGGUGCAGGGAUGCCUGUAUGGGGGGUUCGACCGGUGCAUUGUGGAGGAGAAAUACUACGUGUGACGCUGUACAGUGGAUAUAACAACUAUGAGGAUGCUGUGCGGCUGUAUGAGACUGUUCUGCAGCGACAAGCAGAGGAGCAGAAGACCGGUUUCUGCUGGUUCACCAUUCACUCAGAACCGGGCCUGUGCCUGCAGCUGGCUUUAAAGCAAUUGUCACCAGGGGUUCGCGUGGAGCCAUGCAGCUCUGCUGUGCUGCAGUUUAGUGUGGAAGAAAUUGGCCAGCUAGUCCCACUGCUGCCUAACCCCUGCACACCCAUCAGCACUACACGCUGGCAGACAGAAGAUCUAGAUGGCAACAAGAUUCUCUUCCAGGUGAAAACCCCAGCUCAGCCUCAGCGACCUCUGACCUGUGCUUUCCCCCUGACCUGCCCCAGUGUGUCUCCUCGAGGAAUGCAGCUCAGGAGCUCAGGACAGGGCCACAGCCUGUCGCCCUGCAGCCUCAGUACUCCACUGCCCUGGCAAACACACAGGCAAGGUCACGGACCACGCAGUGAUCCUCUCCUGGAGAAGCGUUAUGGAGGAGGAGGUGGUGCAGAGAGCCUGGGAUCAGGAAGCUGCUGCAGCACCCCUCCAGGCAGCUCCUGUUACUCAUCCCAGCACAGUAGCCCUGCCCCGCCCUCAACCUCCAAUCACCCUGACUCUCCUCUGCGCCCCUCCAUCACCCGUUCUCUCUCCCAUCUCCUUGUGGAAGAAGACGAGGAGGAGCCGGAGACCAAUGUGGACACGGGAGUCCCCGUCUCACCUCGCUCUGACACAGCAGUCAAAAUGAUUACUCGCUGUUCAUCCAUAGACCUUUUGAUGAAUUUCCACUCUGAGAGACCUGCAGCUGUUGGAGCUUCAGCUGUUGAGAGUCUGGCCAAGGAAUUGAGCGAGUGUCUGCCACGGACACACACACACCCUCAGGGCCCUUCCAGGACAUGGGGCUCUGCUGAUUAUGCAGAUGGAGCCAGGGAGGGCUGUGGCAGCAGGAGGAGCCCCUCCAAAGGGCCCGUGGUUGACAAUAGGACUACUGCUGAGCUGCUAUCAGCAUGCACAAACAACAAGGAGCCAGUGGAUGAGUUCUUCAUCUAAAGUCCUGCCCCUGUGCCACAUGCUGUGGUAAUAAUCACAGUGCAAUGAAAAACAUAUCAUAUGGAGAAGAUGAGAAACCCUUUCAAGAGUUAAACAAGAGGACAUGUAGUCUAACAAAUGAGCAGUGCUGUGGAACGUAGAGGAAACCAAAGUUCAGCUGCAGGAGACACUUUCCAAUCUGAAGAGUCUUGGUGUGUGAAUUCUUAAAAUGGUUUGACUUGUCCCAUAAAUUUCCACAAUCUACAGUAACAGAGUAACUGUCACCUCCUAUCCAAACCUGGU